AUGCCUCCCAUCAACACCUCUAUUGCCCGCCGCGAUGACAACGAGGAUGGCAUUGGUGGAUCCGACACCACCAUGAACCUUUUGAUCACUUUUGUCGGCCUUGCAUUCGUCGCCCUCCUCCUCACAGCCACGCUAGUGCUGCUGCGGAGAGUGAGGCAUCGCCAGAAGAUGGCACACAACGAAUCGCUGCCGCAGUACAACGAUGUCAAGUAUGGCGACAACCACAACCGCCGCCGCCUCACAAUCACGACCCCCGACGGUCGGUCCAGUAUUUUGGUUGUCGACAACCGCCCCAUGCUGUCGGACCCCAACUCUCCGCCUCACUCGCCCAACAACGUCCCCGAGAUCCACAUCACCUUCCCGGAUGAGCAUGACGAGCAAGGCCACCGCAAGAAUGGCCGCGUCAUGGUUGUACGAGUUGGUGAGACCUCGGUUGGUCUUGAGCCUGUCCGCGAGGAGCAAUUACCUGCAUACGAGAAGCAGAGCAGCCACGGUUUCUAUUCCAUCGAUAUGGAUCACAUCGGUGGAUUGAAAGAGAAGGACCACACCCAGUCCCAGUAA